AUGUCUCCCUCUGUACUUUCUGGGCUGUGUGUGUGGAUGGCACUGGUGCUGGUGGCUGAGGUGGAUGCCUUUAACACAACUGGAUUCAAUGGAGGAGGAACUCAAUGUGGAGAGUACACAAAUCAGCUGACAGAAAAUGGCAUGUGUCGUAUCGUGGCCUCUUUGCCCCAGCUGGGGGGGCAGAGGUGUCCUGACAUGUUCCGCUGCACAGAUGAAGUGUCCUUUUGGCUCCAUGAGAACCAAGAGCUGAAGCGGCAGCUGCACACACUCAGAGAGACUGUGUCUGAGCUACAGGAGGAGCUCAGGAACCACCGGCUUCGGGUCAAGGUCCUUGAGAUACAGACUGAAGAGAGGACUCACCUGAACAUGUCCCUUGAACAGAGACUUCAUGAUCUGGAGAUGCACUACACAGAGGCCACCAGUCUGCUGCACAUACAGGGCACCCUCAUACUUGAUCUGCAGAACCAGGUCCAUAAUCUAUCAGAAGUGGUGGAUCGGGUCAAAAGAAGCCCUGGGUGUUUGGUCAACCUCCCUCACCCCAACUCUCUGAUGAAUUCUCAAGACCAUCAGAACCACCCAGAAACACAGAACAUUAGGAACUGCCCUACAGACUGUGCCUCUAUUUACCACAAUGGCGUGAGGAGAUCAGGUCUCUACACUGUGGUACUGGCUGGGGCUCCUGUGGAAGUCUUCUGUGAUAUGGAUACAGAUGGUGGGGGCUGGACCAUGAUCCAGAGGAGGUUGGAUGGAUCGGUGACCUUUGACCGAACCUGGGGGGAUUACAGGGAUGGGUUUGGAGACCUGCACUCGGAGUUCUGGUUGGGGAACGACCACAUCCAUGACCUCACAUCUCAGGGGGAAUACGUGCUACGCAUAGACCUGGAUGACUGGAGCAAUAAGCACAAGCACGCCAUCUACCAGAGCUUCAGUGUAGAAGAUGAGGAGCACCAGUACCGCCUCCAUAUAUCAGGCUUUAGUGGCUCUGUGCAAGACUCGUUUGGAUGGUACCAUGACAAACAGAGCUUCAGCACUCCAGACAGUGGCAACAUUUGUGCGGAGAUCUCCCAUGGCGGAUGGUGGUACAACCAGUGCUUUUAUGCCCACCUGAACGGAGUUUACUACAGGGGAGGCCAUUACAGUCCUCGAGGCCGUGGUCCUCUGGGUCCAGACGGGAUUGUGUGGCACUCGUGGAAAGACUCAGACUAUUAUUCUCUGCGUAAAGUCAUAAUGAUGAUUCGGCCACGCUCCUUCAGAAGACAUGUGUCACCUUAAAACAUGAGGCAGUAAAGACCACAUGGCUUUUUUACACAUGGAUACACAAGGAUAAAACUGCUUUUAAAAAAGGAAGUUACUAAUGAGGAGUGCACCCAUGAUGAAGACAUGAUGAAGACAUGGAAGGGACAAGGGAGUCAUGCCAGUUGGAUAACCUCAAAUGCAUAUUGCAGCAAUAUUUAACCACACUAUUUCAGACAAGGAAAUGUUGUAUGAACCUGUAUUUUUUUAUUUGUGUGUAUUUUAUUUUAUUUUUUUUUAGAAAAUAUAAUAUAUAAACGUACUGGUAUUUGGCAUUUCCAAAAUACACUUUACCAGUAAAUGUACAUAUUAGACAUACUGUGUAUGCAGCAUACCUAUUUGCCAUGCUUACCACUUUUUACU